GUGCUGCUCCCGCUGCCGCCGCUCGGGGGGUUCGGUGACUGACAACGAAUGUCAAGAAAGCCGAGACCGGACGAGGAAGACGACGCCAAACUUUGCUUCACGCGUUUGCUUUUUCUUUCUUUCUUUUUUUUUUUUUUUUUUUUUUUUUUACUGCGGAGGAAGAGAAGACGACGACUACUUCACCGCUGACGACGCGCUGACUUAACGUUCGCCAACUGCCGCUGUCGUCACCGUCUCGUUUCACAGAGAAGUUCGCUCGACUCGGAGGAACUCGAGCGCGUUGAGUGAGGAGAAACUAUGACGGGCCGGGAAGAUGAAUAUGAUUAUCUCUUCAAAGUGGUGCUGAUUGGUGACUCGGGCGUCGGGAAGAGCAACUUGCUGUCCCGCUUCACUCGCAAUGAGUUUAAUCUGGAGAGCAAAAGCACCAUUGGCGUGGAGUUUGCCACACGUAGCAUUCAAGUGGAGGGCAAAACCAUUAAGGCGCAGAUCUGGGACACGGCGGGACAGGAACGAUACCGGGCCAUCACUUCUGCGUACUACCGAGGGGCGGUGGGAGCCCUGCUGGUCUACGACAUCGCCAAGCACCUGACGUAUGAGAACGCCGAACGCUGGCUAAAGGAGCUGCAGGACCACGCAGACAGCAACAUUGUCAUCAUGCUGGUGGGCAACAAAAGCGACCUGCGCCACCUGAGGGCUGUUCCCACAGACGAGGCCCGGGCCUUUGCAGAAAAACACGGCCUGUCUUUCCUGGAGACGUCAGCCUUAGACUCUUCUAAUGUGGAGCUUGCCUUUCAAACUAUUCUCACAGCCAUCUACAACAUCGUGUCGCAGCGGCAGAUGUCGGGACGGAGCGACUCCGACUUUUCGCCCGCCUCCAAUGUCGUGCCCAUCACGGUGGAGCCCACCCAGAACGCAUCUAACAAGGGCAUGUGCUGCCAGAACAACUGAGCCGCCAAGAGACAGUUAGACGCUGAGAGUGGACGGACGGGGUGGGACGACCGCUGGAAGAAGUGGAGAGAGGUAACCAGUUUGGUUCUCCACCAACACUAUUGUAGAGAGGGAGCGGACAUACAAAUGUUUAACCCUCCUAUUGCGUUGGUUUCUCAGGGACAGCGACAAUGUUCCUCUGUCAAUUUGACCUAUUACAAAAGUAGAAAAAAAAUCCCCCAAAAACGUCGUAUAGGCUAUAUCAAGGGUUGCAAAAUUUCUAGAGUUUCCUUGGGCAAUUCAAUGAGAUUUUCCAUGGCAUUGAUAGAAAAUGGAGGGUAAUUUAAUGGAAAGGUAUCAUGUAAAUAAUUUGUUUUGUCAUGAGACUACAUCUAUAUAAAGUAUGUCCUUGGGAGUCUUGAGGCCAUUACACUACCAUAAUUGCCCCCUCCCUUUUUUAAAAAAAAAUUAUAAAUCAUUGCUGUAGCAAAUCAUAUUUUGUCUUGGAAAAGAACAAAAACCUUGGAAGAUGGGACACGUUAGUCAGGGUACCAAUAUAUUUGUACAAAAUGCACGGUAAAUGUUUUAGUCAGGCUUGUCCAUUCCUGAUUUAUUGCCAUGGAAAAUUCCAGUAAUUUUGCAACCGCUGUUUAUAUCAGCCGGUUACACACCAUUUACAUAUUUAUAGUCGAUUAAGCCACUCAACGUAGUAUUUUUUUUUUAAUGUCUUUUAGAAUGAGUGAGGAGGGUUAAACGGAGGUGAGAUUAAGACAAGUUUGGCGCACGGGAAGUUGGAACAAUCCCUGCUCUUUCAAAAUAUUUGAUAUCCAGUUACUAGAUUGAUCGUCCACCAGCCAAUAUCAUGAAUUUCCUGUCAAUAGAAUGUUCCCAAAGACUUUGGCCGAUUCCCCCAAAAUGGAAACGUUUCACCGACCUCAAAAUAUUUAUUCAACACUAGAUUUGAUCCUUUUAUUUGCAUUGCUUUAAAUCCUCGUUUCUUGUUAGCGAAGACCUCUGCUUCUCCGAGAGGGGUGUGAGGUGUUUUUCUGACAUUCAAACGUCAGAUCUUGUUCUUGGGGUUGUGGGUGUCUUCAGAGAGUCCUGUUAAAGGAUGCUCUCCCUCCUGUCCCCCUCCAAGGCUUAUUUUAAUGUAAAUAAUAGAGACAGUUCUACUGCUUUGUCUUAACUGAACCGGGACGUUUUUUUUGUUUUGUUUUUGCCUUGCAGAGGUCACCCCUCUCGCUCGUUUGUAUUUUACGCAGGAGGGAUUUUUGUUUAUUAUUAGUUGAAAUAAAGGAAGACAGGAUUUUAUCAUGUUAGUAAGGGCUUGAUUUUAAUUGCACACAAUUGCCAAUGUUUGGGUGCGUGUGCUGUUUGGCCUUCACAGGUCUUUAAACUGAGUGGUGUAGGAUAGUUUUGUUUGUUUUGUUUUUUUUUUUAAAGAAAAGGAAACAGGUAAUCCAAUGUAUAUUGGACUGCAUAUGCAAAUAAAGAUGAUUUGUAAUAGA